UCGGUUACAUUUUGCGAAUGUAUUGUUUGCGGAUUUCGGAUUUUCACAAUUUCUAAAUAAUAUCAAGUAAAAUUACUAACUGAAAUUAAUUAAUAACGUGUGCUAUGAUCUCAAUUCUUGUGUGAAAGUGUUAAAAUUAUAUAAUUUCAAAUCUGGAUGACAAAACAAUGAUUGCGGCUUCUGAACCUUUGGAGUUUGUACCGCAUGGAAGAACUGUGAUAGCCAAGCACCCUGGUCAGAUAUAUGGCAAGGGCCACAAUGUGUCAGUGUCGGAGAACUCUCUGCUGUACAAGUUGACAAACUUUGGCAUCAAGGAUGAGAGCCUGGUGGAGGGCAAAGAGGAACAGGAGUGGUGGACUAUUAGAGAGGUUUACUACAGAGUUGAUGAUAUAAAGAACUCUCUGCAAGAAGCCCAAAAAGAUCCAAAAUGUGAGUACAUGGACUCAUUCCGACCCCCUAGUCGACUCAAAAAUGACUUCAACAUGUCUAUAAAGUCGGAACUCCUUAGUGGCUUGAGGAGAGAUGACAUUCCUUCUGCUGGCCCUUCAAGAGGUGGAAGCGCUAACAGUUCCAGUAAUUUGUCAAAGAAAUUCAACUUGAAUUGCAGUCAGAAUAAAAAACCAAAGAAGAGGCCCUUGAAUCCAAAGACUGAUUGUUAUUAUGAGGAAGAGUUAUAUGUCAAAGGAUGUACUGCUGUGUGGUCUAAAGGUUUGAUCUCAUCACCAGCUUCUAAGCUAACUGGACCAGAACACAGGGAGACCAUCGCUUGUUACACCAUCGACAGUACGAUAAAACACGCUGCAUUCGUAGAUUUCCAUGUAGACAUCAACAAUACUAUGCUGAUCGACGCCCUAAACUCUCAAAUUGGUGAUUUUAAAAAAAAUAUAAAAGUCGAAGAUACCACGGAGCACAUAGAGCGUAAAGUUCUACCUUCCAUACUACUCAUAGACAACAAAUGUAUGAGAGUUUACGCCAUAGACGGCAGAGAAUACAUAGCGAGCAUUCCAUUCCAAGUUAAAAAAGUAUGGCCAAUGAAAUAUGGGGUUUUGUUAGAAAAAGACGCAACACCAAUUCUGCACAAUUCAGUACUGCCUUCCUCGAUUUUGAAAUUUAAUGAAUCUCACAACAGUUCCUUUUUGAAACCCCGGAAUUGCCCUUUCAGUAUGAGCGCAAGAUUACGCCAGGAAUCAAUCUCAGGCUAUGACCAAGAUUGCCCUUUACCCACAUGUUUUUCACUAACCCAUCCUUUGGAUGACGUCAUACCGAUAUUGAUGAAAUCUUCCGCUCAAGGUUUGCAGUACUACAACGACGGGGACUUGCAAAUCAUCUUCGUAAGCACAGACCCCAGUAUAAUACUUCUGUACGACUGGAAGCUACAAACACAUUCGUUGUGGAAAAUCCGGAAAGCAACACGGGAUGAAUGCUUAGCGAUGUGCCCAAAUAUGAAUUCCUCAUUCAACCAAACCUGUGAAUUUGUUGGUAGUCCGAUGCACAGCAUGAGAAAUCCUAAUAGUUUCAAUGGCAGUCCGUAUCAUAUGAAAAAAAUGCCCGAAACUCCGAAUAGAUCAAGACACAAUAGUCCCAUGGCAAAUGUUUUUCACCAGCAAGGACUUUCACCGCACUCGUCGAUUGGCCAAGCCAGUUCAACGACUAUGAUGUCAAAUACUAUUGGCCAAGCACCCCCUUCUCUGCCUCUAUACCCAGAUAUUUGUCUAGAUCAUAUUUGGACAGAUAGCCAAGUUAUAAGACGGGAUACUGUCGAAAGUCCGAAUGACAUAAAAGCAUUUUUACACACAGAUUUGGUAGGGCAUGAGUACUUAUGCUUUAUGGUAAAGGUGAAUGGUGUUACCAGAUUACAAAUCGUGAGAUUGCAAAAGUCGCAUUCGCACGGGCAAUUGCCCAAAACGAAUAUAAUAGUGGGGUCUAUAUCUUCGGUACUUGCGAAAGAUGCUGUGGUUCUGGAACAUUUAAAGAUGAUCGCGCUAAUAGAUGAAACUGGGAACAUUAUUCUGCAAUCUGGCAAUAGUUUUGUUGGCAAGGUCCACGUGGGGGGUAUCCUGGCCCGGCUGAUAGACUCUCCGUACACCAAGCAGUCGACGUUCCAGUCCCCCUUCCCCCGCCGCAGCAGCCUGCUGCCCACACACUGCGACGCGGCGACCUUUGACGACUCCGCGCUGCACCUCCUGUCUCCCGUGCUUCACUCUUCGGUGUCGAGGCUGGAGCCCAAGCAGAAUUUAGGUAUACGCAGCCUCUGCGACGCGGCCGGCGCUCGCGUGAGCGUGCGGUCCGAGGCCGGCCAGCUGUACCGCAUAGCGCUGCCCGAGCACAUCUGCUCGCCGCUGGUCACGCGCUGCUGCGCCGCCGUCGCCGCCGCCGCCCCUAAAGACAUCACCAUGCAGGUCAUUAUAAAAUGGUACGGAAUCCGCAACGCACCCGGCACCCAGGACAUUACCCCCGGCCAAGAGUGGGCGAUGUUCUCCGAUCUAAUACUGUCACUUAUAGGAUACGAUGUGGAAAGACUCUCGCAAAGCAGACAGAACGAAGAAGAACAAGUAGAAGUUGUCACAAAGAAGCAGAGAACUUCCAGUGACGGCACACAAGACGAUUGGGAGUAUCUCCUGAAUUCGAAAAUGCACAAAACUAUAGGAAACUCUUUGGCAAACAUGUUAAAUCUUAAUCAAAUACAAUCAGAAACACGACAUUCAAGAGCCAAUGAAAGAAAGGAGGAAGAUGCGGAGAAACCAAUCCUAUUCAACACUAACUCCAUUCUCUUUCCGUACACUGUUCACAUAUUCUACGCAUUCCAUUUGUUGUACGAAGAUUUGAAACUUAACACCCUUUUAGCGAGCGUUCUGAAGCCGUUAUCCGAGUUCUUGUACCAGAUAUCCAAAGACCUGUGUCUAGAGAAAUAUGUGACACAUUAUUGGCUAGAUUUCCCGACAGAUUAUAAUUUCGAAUACGAUGAGAGCGACAGUCAAAUGAAUGAGGCCAUAUUGAAGAAGUUGACGCAACCCAACUAUUUCAAUACGGAUCCUCCGAAUAUUUUCAGCUACAUCAACUCUAUGUUGAAGGACAUUGACGUUGGGUAUUUCCCUUUCAUGCCUGAUGUGAAUCAAAUGUCACGUGAUAUUAUUGAGAUCCUAGCCACAGUGGGGUGUGGCACUGGCGCCGGGGUGCAGGCACUCAGCAGCCGGGACUCCGUGGCGGCGAGCAGCACGCCGCGCGCGCGGGAGCACUCGCCCGCGCACACUCCGCACGCUAGAGCCGUGCUGUUGGCCUGCGACAGGGGCAUAACACCCCGCGAGAUAGACAACCUGCCGCCAGCGUUGGCGUUGGCGUUGGUGACGAUAUUCAGCCGCUGCAAGAGCGACCCGCCCGUGGACUGGCCCCCGGAAGCCUACAUGCUGGUCAUGCGCGAAGAUCUGGCGCUCCAGGCCGACAUCGCGGACACUAUCAAAUCUGCUGACGAGUAUAUGGAAUCUCUGGCAUUAGAAGUGUUGGAAAAGGAAACCGCAUACACACAGCUGUCGCAGCAGAGUGAGGAGCCGGUGCACAAGAGCGAAGAGGACACCAGCACCGGCAUGGAGCACCUCAACACUAAGCUGCUGAGCCUGUUGUAUCCAAGGGAUCAUCGGAUGACAGAAGUGUUCAACCUGCUCCAGUCGUCCAUCCCCGUGACCAUCAACCUGACGCAGCGGCCCGAGGUGUCCGACCACGACUUCAUCGAGGAGCAGGAGAAGUACCUCUACGCCAUCAGCACCCGGACCAUGGCGUUGCCGGUGGCGAGGGGUAUGGUAACCCUCCGCAGUCUGCCCUGCUCGCCAACGGAACCGCUCACCCUCCCCAAGCUGUGCGUGUCGGGGCGCGGCCCCCCGCCCCGCUGCAACACGAUCACGCUGGGCGGGGGGGACACGCCCCCCCACUGCCUACUGUGGCCCACCUUCCACAACGGGGUGGCGGCGGGCCUGGCGCUCGUGCCCAUGACUGGCACCAACAUACAUUCCAGCUGGAUCAUAUACAACAAACCGAGGGGUACACAGGACAUGUCAACAGAACACGCCGGUUUCCUCCUAGCCCUGGGUCUGAACGGCCACCUGAGGGACAUGCCCUUCAUGAACAAGUACGAGUACCUGGUCAAGUGCCACGAGAUGAUCAGCAUUGGCCUCUUGUUGGGCUUGGCUGCUACUUACAGAGGUACAAUGGAUGUCCAAGCUACUAAAAUGAUGAGCAUACAUUUAGAACCGCUGCUGCCACCAACUUCCAUUGAGUUGGAUAUUCAGCAGGGCGUGCAAGUGGCAGCAUUGCUUGGAGUGGGUCUGCUGUACCAGGGCACGGCGCACGCGCACUACUCGCAAGUUCUGCUCAACGAGAUUGGCAAGCCUCCAGGGCCGGACAUGGAGAACUGCGUGGAGCGGGAGGGCUACGCGCUGGCGGCGGGCCUGGCGCUGGGCCUGGUGUGCCUGCGCGCCGCCGCGCACGCGCCGCACCUGGCGCACCUGGCGCCGCAGCUGCGCACGUACAUGCUCGGCGGCGACCGGCGCAUCAACGGGUCGCAAAAGGACAGAUACAAGCAGGGCUCAUUCGCGAUACGCGAGGGCGGCACCGUGAACCUGGACGUGACGUCACCGGGCGCCACCGUAGCCCUGGGGCUCCUGUACCUGCGCUCGAACAGCGCGGCGGUGGCCGAGUGGCUGAAGCCCCCGGCCACUGCGUACCUACUGGACUUCGUGCGACCUGAUCUGCUCAUGCUGAGAGUCAUCGCAAGAGGGCUGGUCCUUUGGGACAGCAUAGAAGCGAGCGAGGAGUGGAUCGAGAACCAAGUGCCUGCCACCAUCAAGCCGUACUGCUUCGUCAAGCCCACCGAGGACAAUAUCGACUACGAAGCUAUGAACCAAGCGUAUUGCAACAUAAUAGCGGGCGCGUGCUUCACGCUGGGGCUGCGGUUCGCGGGGUCGGGCGACGCGGACGCGCGCGACGCCGUGCUGCACUUCGUGUCGCUGUUCCUGCGGCUGAGCGGGCGCGGCGUGGCCGAGCUCGCGGGCGGCUCCACCUUCGAGGCCUGCACGUGCGUGUGCCUGCUCGCGGCCGGCAUGAUCACGGCCGGCCGGGGCGACAUCCAAGUGCUGCGCGCUUGUCGACGUCUACGUGCGCGCCUGCCCGCCGCCCCGCGCCCCGCGCCCGCCGCCCCGCCCGCGCCGCCCCCGCUCACGCACGGCGCACAGAUGGCAGUGCACUGCACCAUCGGGCUGCUGUUCCUGGGCGGCGGACGCUCCACGCUGUCCAGCUCGCCGGAGGCGGUGGCGGCGCUCAUCACUGCCUUCUUCCCCAAGCUGCCCACGCACAGUGAAGACAACAGAUAUCACCUGCAGGCUUUCCGUCACCUAUACGUGUUGGCGGUAGAGCCGCGACUCAUUCUGCCGCGAGACCUCGACACUGGGAAGCUGUGCUACGCGCAUAUACAGCUGAUAGACCUGCAAGGCGUCGUGAAGGAGAUGAAGGCGCCGUGUAUUAUCCCUGAGCUGGACACUCUGCGGCAGGUGAAGAUCUGCGACCCGCGCUACUGGCCCAUCACCUUCCACAGGGACCACAACUGGGACCAGCUCAAGUGAGUUCUUCGUCAUGUUGUCACUUGUCAGCUGAUAGACCUGCAAGGCGUCGUGAAGGAGAU